GCUGCAUAUAUGUUUAUACAUGUGCGCGCGCAUCUCCUGCAUUCUCUUUCUACAAAAUCCAACUGCUUACGUCUUCAAGUUUUCACUUACUAUUCUUUCAACAAUUUUCCGAAAAACGAGCCGCCUUUUUGCGUCAAAAUAGAGAUCAAUCGUAAAUUGCAAUCGGCAAAAAAAAUCCUGAUUUCGAAAGCAACAUGCAAGUAUCUCUUCAUAAUUAUUCCGUUUCAAAUCCUAUUGUGCCUCAUUUAGCGCCACAUGAUAACGUCGACCUUACCUAACGGCCACGUUAUUAAAUCAAAUAACUAACUUUUUGUUGUGGCUCGUCAUUAUCUUUUCAGAUUUUUAAAUUUGGCGCCUCUUUACUAUAUAUAUAUAUAUAGACGAAAAUGCUCAUUCGCAAGUUCACGACAUACGGAAUUUACCCGUUAUUGCAACCAAUUACAAUCAAGUUUUGGCCAUCCUAUCUCCUCCAUCCAUGUGAUCAUCAGCUGUAGUCGCAUAUUUUAUUUUUGAUUAGUCUUUUUAAAUUAACUCGCAUAGUAAUAAUGCUGGAAGGUUAAAUCGAGUUUUAAGUCUUGAUAUAAAAUAGAUGUCCAGUGUAUUUAACGUUUGAUUUUGGACCUUUUGGAUUUAAUCAUGAACCUCGAAAGUUCCAUCAAUUGUGUAUAAGAAGGUUAUAAAAAGUAUGUAUGCAAUUCACAGUGCAAACAAAUUAUCAAAAUUAUACCACGAUCGUUCUCUAUUAUAAAGUAAAAAGUUGCUUAUUUCAAAUAAUGUAUACCUAAUGGAGGAUUAAACAAAAUAUAUUUCAUGCCAAAUUUUUAUUCCAUAUUUUAUGUAACAAAAGUUGCAUCAAUUAGUAAUUGUAUACAAUGUAUGUAGUUAGUGAAAGUAUUUAUUCAGGAUUCUCCAAAAUGAUGAAGUUGUCAAGAAUUUCUUUGCUCGGCACUGCAAAGCGGUGUGUUAGCCAAAAUUCUGCCAGGGUGAAUUCAACAAAAUCGCAGACAAAAAGUCUUGUUCAACUGGACCAAAGGACGUUGCUUCGCCUUUCAGGGGAUCAAGUAUCAGAUUUUCUGCAAGGCCUAAUCACAAAUGACAUGCGUCAUUUGAAAGAAGGAGCUGCAAGUAUUUAUUCUGUCUUCUUAAAUAUCAAAGGUAGAGUAUUAUAUGAUGCUAUAAUCUACAAAACACAAGAUGAGAAGGUAUUCUAUGUUGAAUGCGACUCUUCCAUCGUCAAUAGUUUGUCAAAGCAUUUGAAAAUGUAUAAAUUAAGAAGAAAAGUGGAGAUUCAUACAGAGGAUAACAGCAUGAAGGUUUGGACUGCUUACGAUCCUGAUAUAGUUUCUCAUGUUGAUCAAAAGGAGGUUGAAAAAAAGUCUAAUUUUGAGGGAAAGAUAUUUCCCUGUGGUGCCAGUGAUAGCACAUCAAGCAAACUAGUCGACAAUAUUUUUAUAUAUAGUGAUCCCAGACUUUACCAACUGGGUUUAAGAAUUUUAACGCAAUCAACCGUCACGUGUGACGAGAUAAUUAAACAACUGGAGCCGAAUGUCACAACUCAACAAAAUGCCUCCAGUUACAGAGAAUUUAGAUACAAGUUAGGUGUAGGUGAAGGUGUCCAGGAUUUACCACCUGGAACAUCAUUUCCACUUGAAAUAAACUGUGAUUAUCUACACGGUGUUAGCUUUCACAAAGGUUGCUAUAUAGGACAAGAACUAACUGCUAGGACCCAUCACACUGGUGUUGUCAGAAAACGCCUUAUGCCAUUGUCAUUUGAUAAAGUUUACGAGAAACCACUGAUGUACGAUGAUCAAAUUACAAAUGAAGCUGGAAAAAUAGUAGGAAAGAUUAGAGGUCAAAAAGGAAUAUUUGGCCUUGGGCUAAUUCGCAUUGCAGAUGCUUUGGCAUCUAAAAUUUUGACUGUUGGAGAUUGUACUUUAAAAGUCGUGAAGCCUCACUGGUGGCCACAAGAAUCUCAAAGUGUUGAAGUCUCCAUGAAAACUAGUAAAAAUUAAUGUUACAUUUUUUGUUGGUCAAGUCAAACAUGUUUCAAUGAUGGAAGCAGUUGCAACUGGUGCAAAGAAAAUUCCUCUGGACUCUUCAAAAUGUAAUGCAGACGAAAUCGAAAUUGUUGCCAAAGAG